AUGCCAAAUAAUCGUAUCGACCUUCUCAAUGCAGCGUUUUCAGCAAUUAUGCCAGGAUUCCUUUUCAUAAAAGAAGAAGAAUAUAAUGAAAGGAAAAACUUACUUAUUCAACUGGACAUCGCUUUUUUACCAGUUGAUAUGUAUGCAUAUCAUAUGUGUACACUAGUUGGUGGUAAUGUUAACAAAAUUGAUGAAGAAGAAGAACUAUCUUCGGCAUCGAAAUCUCUUAAGCGAAUAAUGCUAAUAAAAAAACAAAUUCAGGAUAAAGAAGGUAUCCUGCUCAUUCAACAGAGAAUUAUUUUUGCUGGUGUGCAAUUAGAGUGUGAGAGAACGCUUUCUGAUUACUGUAUUACCAAAAGAUAUACAUUACAUUUAGUUUUAAAUAUUAAAGACAGUGGAGUUGUAAUAAGUUAUUUGAGCAAAGAUUUCUUAGAUUCAAGUUUCGAUUACGGCUUUACAAAUAUUGAUAAUAAAGAAGUGACAUACACCCGCGGAGGUGCUUCAUAUAAAAGAUCAUGUAGAUGCCAACAUUUUGCUUUAAAAGUUAUUAGAAAUUAUGAUAAUGGUGAUGAUGGAUGGCUUGAUAUUGACACACCUGUAUCUUAUAAUGGAAAUGAUAAAAUUAACUCGAAACCAAUUGCUGAAAGAAGGAUACUUGUUGAGUAG